AAAUAAAAAUCCUGGCUGUCUUAACCUAAACCAUAAAAUGUCACCUUAUAUUUGUUAACAAAAAAUACGUCAUAAUUUUAUUUAAUAAUUAAUAUAUUUUUUUUAAUAAUACUUUGAAGUCAAUUAGCGAUGAAAAUUGACAGCUGUUUUUAAAUUAUACAUACAUUUGAAUAUAUAAAUUCUACAAGAAUGUACAUUUAUUGAAAGCAAAAUCAAUGCACCCGAAGGCGGGAAAAAAGUAAACAACACAGCAGCAUGUAAAUAAAAUAAAUUUGAGUUUUUUAAUUUAAUUGUUUGGUAAAAAUGGGCAAUGAACGUAAAGAAAAAUGCAUCGAUUAUUUUCGUCAGCUCAAAGGUAAAGGCAAAUCUCCAGAUAGAUUUGAUGAUAAUUUAAUUAUUCUGCAAGAAGAAGCUGCAACAAAUGGUUUAGAUAAUUCAGAUAUCAAAGUAAUUGCUGAUGUCAUCAGGAGAAAUGAAUUACGAGCUGGACUUUGUGUUCCUUUAGUAAAAUGUCUUAUUCCAAAGAACAAAUUAGAUAACAAUGAAUUAGAAUCUAUGAUUUUAUAUUGGCUAGCAGAUCAUAAUGUUCUGCCAGUUACUGUGUCAACUCAUAUUCUCCAGUGGUUUAUUGGCUUGUGGGAGUAUCAGUUAUCAGAUAGACAGUUGAUAAAUACUUACUACGACUGUUUCUUUUAUUAUUUAUUAAAACGUGAAAGAACCGAGUCUGUGAUCACCAGGCUGGUUUACUUAUUAACAAAACCAUAUGAUGUGACUCGUAGACAAGUGAGACGAUUACUCAAGCACCAGGAGCAGUAUCCAAAGCCACCUAAACAUAUUUCAGCGCUGCUCUCCCUCUUUAAAUCGUACAAACCUGAGCUAGUUCCUGAAAAAAUUCCAUCGCUAAAUCUCGAGAGUGUCUGGAAAUCUAUGCCAGAUGCAAUGAGAUCUGGGUUCGAAGACGCGAAACAUCGUUGCAGUGGUAUUGUGCUAAGAGAAAUGGAGAUCUUUGAUUGGAAUCCAGUGAAAAUGUCCGUCAAAGAUCAGACAGGGCCACUCCUACCGUCAAUGAGAUACUUCCAAAUGGGUUCCAGUAUUUAUAAAGACCAAGAUACCAAGACUUUAUUCGAGUUAAAUAGCCUUAAAGACAUCGGGAAGUAUCAUUUUCAAAUAGAGUUACCGUCAAAUGCUAUUUCAUUACUGGCCAACAAUGCUGGCUAUCACUGUCUGACCUUCGCGAGCUACGAGUUCCAAAGUAGAUUCUCAUUCAAUUUGUAUUUGGCAUUGCGGAGAGCAUUUAUCAUUGAUUGCAAUGCAUUUUCCUAUGGUCAGAAAGCCCAGUUGCUUGAUAUGACCACUGAAUUCUGUAAAUAUAUGAAGCAGGGUAUUCCUGUAUUUCUCCUUUUCUUUAUGGAAUAUUAUCCCUAUGAUACUGGGGAAUUUAGGAGUAAGUUACUGGGUUUAUUCGAAUGGUCAACGACAAUUUCCGUCGCUGAAUUACAAGAUCUUGCUAAUUAUUUUGACUCGAUAUUUUUGGAGUCUUCUUUGAAAGAAAAGUGCGAGCUGAUAAGAUGUUUUCAGAGAUUUUCUACCAAUUUAUUUAUCAACCAAAGAUUUGAUAAAGAAGAAAUAAAACCUUCGCCGUUUUUGGGACAAGUUCCCAUGAAUAAAUUAACAGAUCUUAUUCCGAUAGUUCUCAAGAUUGUCGAUCACUUUCUAACCAACGGAUUGAGUAUUCAUAAUAAUUCUGUACUACUUCUGGACGAAGGAACAACAUUUUAUGAGAACAUGAACAGAUUAGCAAGUCGCUGCGAACCUCCCUGGCUAAUUAUCGCUCCCCCGAGUUUAAUCUAUGGAGGAUUUGUAUCAAAAAGUGCUGCAAUACUGUCACAAGUUUGUGAUCUACUUCUUAAGUAUCGUAAAAUAAAUAAUACUCUAGUAAGUGAUCCACGAUUAAAAGAUAUUUAUCAAGCUGAGUCAAAGGUUUUGGAAGUUUAUACGUCGGAUUUGGGAAAUGCUUUAUGGAAUGAUCAGACGUUUUCUUUACGGCGAGAAGGCCAAUUCUUAUCAUCACUGCCAGAUAAAAUGGUUGCUAAUUUACCAAGAAGUAAAGAUUACUUAUUAAAUAUUAGUAAUCACAUCGCUAUUUUACCAUGCAAGUCGACGUUAAUUUCCAGUGGAUUGGACAUCAGAACAAAAGACCUCGCAUUGUGCCUCACUGAACAUUAUUUACCGCCUAUUUGUGAGUUUGUCAGAUCAUUCGAUGAUUACGAAAGCGAAAAUGAGACCUAAAUAUUUAUAAUAUAGAAAAAAAUUUUUUUUAGUAUAAUAAAAUUUAUAUAAA